AUGGGACGACGAAAGAUUGUUCGGUCAGUUGAAGAAGAAGAAGAGUUCCAACGUCAAAGACGUCAGAGAAAUGCUGAAAAUCAGCGUAAACGUCGUCAACGAAAAAUACAAAGUUCUUUAGUAGAUAAUAAUUCAAAUUCAAAUAUAAAUAGAGUUUCGUCGGAUCAUAUUUGUUUAUCAGUAACAAAAUCCAGUCAACAAUUUAUGAAUAACAAUGAUAAUUUAUCCGUUAGUAAUAAUGAUUCAGUUGUAAAUCAAUCAUUAUUAAGUACUGAUAAUUUAUCCGUUAGUAAUAAUGAUUCAGUUGUAAAUCAAUCAUUAUUAAGUACUGAUAAUUUAUCCGUUAGUAAUGAUGAUUCAGUUGUAAAUCAAUCAUUAUCAAGUAAUAAUGCUGUUUCUGCACGAGAGCGACAACGACUAUGCCAACAAAGAAGAAAUACAAUUUCAGUAAUACAAAAUCAAAAUGUAAACGAUAUUAAUGAAUACUUUAUUGGAGAAAUGGAUGUUCUAUGCAGACAUUGUAAUGCAAAACAUUUCUCUCAAGAAAAAGUGUUCGCUAAAGGUAAUUCAUUCAAUGAUUGUUGUAAUCAUGGAAAAGUUUCUUUUCAGCGUCCACCAUCUAUUCCUGAUAAACUUCGUAUGUUAUUUGAUUAUACCGAUCCAAAUUCUAAAAAUUUUCAUGAACGAAUACGCGUUUAUAAUUCUUCGUUUUCAUUUGCAUCUUUCAAUGCUAAUUUGAUCAACUUUCAAUCAAGACGCCCUGGUCCUUAUUGUUUUAAGAUUCAAGGUCAAGUUUACUAUCAAAUAAAUACAAGUCUUUACCCACAAUCAGAUGAUUCGCCCAGUUUCGGUCAAUUAUUCAUCAUUGAUUCUAAUGAAGCAAUAACUAAUCGUUUAGCAACUAAUUCACAACUUAAUGUGAAUAUUUUGCAAGAUCUUGAUAAAAUCAUGCGCGACCAUAACAUGUUUGCGAAAUCUUAUCAAAUGAUGCAUGAAGAAGUCAAGAAACAAGAAGAGUUAGCAUUGCAAUCCAAUUGUUCAAAUACUCCAGAGAUGGAACUACUUUUUACACUUAAACCUGGUGUAGAUCGUAGAAGGUUUAAUUUGCAACAAGUUAAUGAAGUUGCUGCUAUUUUUACUACUACUGCAGAUGGAGAAAUUCCAGAAUCAUACGUAAGUAUACGCAAUCGAAGGACAAAAGAAUUACAAUAUAUAAGUACAAUGAAUCCAAAUGUCGAACCGUGGAUUUAUCCUUUAUUUUAUCCAUAUGGUUCUCCCGGUUGGCAUCAAAAUAUAAUGAAAAUUGGUGAAAAUAAACGAGUUUCUCGAGCAGCUUAUGUGAAAUACCUAAUGUCCAUACGCAAUGACGAAUUUAAUGUAUUUCUAAGAGGAGGUCGAUUAUUUCAGCAAUGGUUAGUUGAUAAUUAUGUCAAAAUAGAAAAAGAUCAAAUGACAUAUCAUAAAAAUCAUCAAGCACAAUUAAGAGUUGAUACGUACCAAGGAGUUCAUGAUCAUUUACAACGUAUAGCAAAUGAUUCUAAUAGUCGUAUAGGAAAAGUUGUAGUUCUCCCGGCAACAUUUACAGGAUCACCACGCAAUAUGUUUCAGAAUUAUCAAGAUUCAAUGGCUAUUGUACGCAAAUAUGGUAAACCAGACUUAUUUGUUACAAUGACUUGUAAUCCUCAUUGGAAAGAAAUUACGGAUAAUUUGCUUCCUAAUCAAAUUGCUUCUGAUAGACCAGAUCUUUGUGCGAGAUUUUUCGGGAACGUCGCUGCAUAUGUAUAUGUGAUUGAGUUUCAAAAAAGAGGAUUACCACAUAUUCAUCUAUUAAUAACAUUAAAUUCAAAUUCAAAAAUGACUACUCCAACAAUUGUUGAUCGUUAUAUUUCUGCUGAAAUUCCAGAUCCGAAUGAAAAUCCUAUUUUACAUGAUAUUGUUAUGAAAAAUAUGAUUCAUGGACCCUGUGGAAAUUGGUGUUUGAUAAAUAAUAAAUGUUCUAAACAUUUUCCAAAAGACUUUCAAGAUGAAACAAUAUUGGGUGAUGACGGUUAUCCUUCAUAUCGACGAAGGAAUAUUAAUAAAACUUAUAAUCGAUCUAAUGUAUAUAUAGUUGAUAAUCGUCAUGUUGUCCCUUAUUGUCCUCAUUUAAUUAUGAUAUUUAAUUGUCAUAUCAAUGUGGAAGCUGUGGCAAGUAUUAAAUCUGUAAAAUAUCUAUUUAAAUAUGUAUAUAAAGGGCAUGAUUGUGCAACAGUAACUGUAGGUGAAACAUCGUCAGAUAAUUCGGUUGUUAACCAUGAUGAAAUAAAAAAUUAUAUUGAAACUCGAUAUGUAAGCCCAAUUGAAGCUACAUGGCGAAUUCUAAGUAAACCAUUGCAAGAAAAAAGUCAUUCUAUUGUUAGAUUGCCUUUACAUUUACCAAAUCAACAGAGUAUAACGAUUGAUAUUGAAAUGAAUGAAGAUGAAAUGACUAACGCAUUAGCAGAUAAAACAACAAUGUUGACUGAUUAUUUCAAAUUAAAUUCAACUGAUGAACUAGCAAAGCAGUAUAUAUAUCCUGAAAUUCCUCAACAUUAUGUUUUUAAAAAGAAAAAAAUUGAUGGACGAAAUAUUACAAGUUGGGAAAAACGAAAAUUACACUUUAAUACAAUUGGACGUAUGUAUUCUGUUAGUCCUACUCAAACUGAAUUAUUUCAUCUUCGAUUGUUAUUAUUAUCAGUUAAAGGAGCUACAAGUUAUGAGAAUCUUAGAACAUUCAAUAAUAUUCUAUAUUCAUCAUAUUUUGAAACUUGCAUAGCACGAGGAUUAAUUGAACAUGAUGAUGAAUGGCAAAACGCAAUGCAUGAAGCUGAAGUUUGGAUGAUGCCUUCAAGUUUACGUAGAUUAUUUGUUCGUAUUUUAAUUCAUUGCCAACCUCAACAUCCAGAAAAGUUAUGGGAAGAGUUUAAGGACGCAAUGUCUGAAGACUAUACAAGAAAAUAUGGUUCAUCAAUCCACGGAAUUAAAAAAGCAUAUUUACAAAUAAUUUCAAUGCUUCAUGCUGAAGAUCGAAGUUUAGCUGAUUAUCCUACGAUGGAACAAAUCAAUGAAAUAGAUGGAAUCGAUAAUGAAGUAUCUAUUGAUGAAGCAAGAGAACUUGGAUUAGAACAAUAUAACAAAUUAAAUGAAGAACAAAAAGUUAUUGUUGAUACUAUUUUGAAUCUGCAAACUAAUGAUGAUAAUAAUAUAAAUCCAAAUCAUAACGAGAAAAAUUGUUUUUAUAUCGAUGGACCUGGUGGAUCAGGAAAAACGUUCAUUUAUACUACUUUAUGGUAUUUGUUAAGAAGUCAACAUAAGAAAGUUAGUACCAUGGCAUACACAGGAAUUGCAGCUACUUUGCUGCCUAAUGGUAGAACUGUUCAUAAAACAUUUGGUUUACCUGUACCUAUGUUUUCUGAUUCAUCAUCGAAUAUUAAAAUUCAAUCCAAAGAAGGAAAAUACUUAUUAGAAACUGAUGUUUUCAUUUGGGAUGAAGCCCCAAUGGCACCAAGAUAUGCGUUAGAAAUAAUGGAUAGAACAUUACGUGAUAUAACCAAUAAGAAAGAUGUAGCUUUUGGUGGUAAAAUUGUUGUUCUUGGUGGUGAUUUCAGACAACUUCUACCUGUUAAAACCCACAGUACUCGAAGUGAAACUGUAAAUCUCUCAAUUAAAUUCAGUUCGUUAUGGAAAAACUUUCAAUUAUUUUCAUUAUCACAAAAUAUGCGAGUAUUACCUGAGGAAGUUGAAUUUGCAGAGUUCUUAUUAAAUCUAGGUAACGGAACUUUAAAUGAUAAUGAAGAUAACGUCCAAAUACCAUCAUGUUGUUUAGCUCACGUUGAUGAUGAUAUAAUAAAUGAUACUUAUGGCGAUUUAUUUCGGCAAAAGAAAUUUAAUGAAGCUACAAAAUGUGCAAUACUUUCAGCUCGGAAUAUAGAUGUUGAUGAAAUUAACAAAAAAGUGGUCGAAUUGUUAGAUCCAAAUAGUGAACGAAUUUAUACUAGCAUAGAUAGUGUAAAUAAUUGCGAUGAUAAUGGUAAUAUGAGUGAAGCUCUUUUACCAGAAUAUUUAAAUAGUCUAUCACCGCCAAAUCUUGCUCCUCAUGAAUUACGUUUACGAGUAAAUUGUAUUGUUAUGCUCAUCAGAAAUCUUAGUAUUCAUGAAGGCUUGUGUAAUGGUACUAGAUUAUUAGUUUUAGAGCUCCAAAAUAAUUUACUAAAAUGUCAAAUUUUGAGUGGUGAUAAAAGUGGAGACAUUGUUUUCAUUAAUCGUAUAACUUUGUAUUGUGAAAAUGUCUAUCCUUUUUCAUUCAAAAGAAGGCAAUUCCCUAUCAGGUUGGCUUUUGCUAUGACAAUAAAUAAAUCACAAGGACAAACUUUUCAAAAGAUUGGAAUAGAUCUUCGAAGGGACGUUUUUAGUCAUGGACAUCUUUAUGUCGCAUGUUCUCGAGUUCGCUCUAGGCAAUCUUUGAAAAUUUAUCUUGGUGAUCAAAGAAGCAAUUCCACUGUUAAAAAUUAUAUAUAUAAAGAAUUAUAUUUAUAA